AAGCCCAACCCAGUAAUCAUUGUCGAUGACUUUUGUUUACGCUGAUAUUAUUUUUGAAAUAUUUUUUCAAAAUAAAAUUUAAUCACAAUGAUUACUGCGUUGGUUUUCCAAAUACUUACGGUCCCUGUUAAGAACCGAAUGGAAUAAAAUAGAUCUCCCCAAUUAAAAAAAAACUCAAGCAGGCGGACAACUAAGACAGAAAUCAAAUACAAAUUCACAGUAUUCCAAUACACAACUCGUAUGAUCUAUAUAUGCGUACAUAUAUAUAGUCAAAAAAGUAAACUUAUCGCUUCUUUUUGGAGAUGUUUGAUAGCUUUGGUGGUUCCUUGGUCGCCAGACGCCAGAGGCGACUCCAGCUGAGUCGCUAUAGGUUGUACCUGCAGCGCCUGAGGAGGGCCACCAGUUUGGUGGACCAGCGACCGCCACUGCUGAAUGCCAAGACCCUGGGCGGAUUCGACGUCCUGCAGCAGGAUACCCGCCACAUUCUGAACCGGACCAACGAUAAUGUGCACCUGCUGUUGACGCUGUCGAAGAUUAAGCGCACCGGCGGCCAACUGGACUCGCUGGAGGCUCCACCGCUGGUAUCCCGAUCGGCUCUGCCGCACAUGCAGCGAAGAUUGGACCUGCUGCAGCAUCGGAACAUGCAGCUGGGCCACCGCCUGAUGCGGAUCCAGGGCCGGAAAGGUAGUGAAGGUGCUCAGCGGGAGCGGCCCAACCAGCAGUCCCAGUCUAGUGGACGGUGUCCCAGUGUGAUGACCAAUCGAUCGACUCUGGCAGAGAGCGAGGUGUUCGCCAAGUACGAUGGCUGGGAUCUGGACCUGCCGCUCGACAACUACGAUCUAAAGCGGCUACUCCGGCCCAGGAUUGUCCUGCACUUUGGCCUGAUGGACGGCCGGCCGUUGGGCCAGGUGGUGGUGCAGCUGUACACAGAGGCCGCUCCGCUGGUCGUGCUGCAGUUCGUCCGCACCUGUUUGGCCCAGCGGUCGCAUGAGUUCGCCGUGCGCCGCAUCUUUCCGCAGCUCUGGCUGGAAUGCUAUCUGCUGGGCAGCUGCAAAAAUCCGACUGGCCAUGCUACUCCCUGCUUGAAUGGUCGCAUGGAGUUCGAUGCACGGGUGAUGAACCACGGACGCCAUGGCUACGUCUUCUCCUGCGCCAAGGAGUACUGCGUCCAUGGAUUCCCCGGCGGGGCCAUCAACUUCAGCAUCAGCUUCAAGCCCCUGCCGGUGGCCAAUGGUCAGCGGGUGGGCUUCGGGCGGGUGAUUCGCGGCGACAAGGUCAUCGAGUGCAUGCAGGCCCAUGGAACGAAAAACGGCAAGAUCAGCCGGCCACUGCUCGUCACCCACUGCGAUAUGGUGUAGGAAAACAAGGAGAUCGGGUCCUAGCUGGAUCAAAUCAGGAGUUAUGUUAUGGAGGAAUGUUAAGAUAGAAAUCAAGGUACUUUCGCCAAUUUCAUCUGAUAUGGGAUCUUACUCAGCUGGAUGAAACCAGAAGUUUCUCAGAAGCUCUUUGAAUGUUAAGAAAGAUCAAUCAAGGAGUUUUUGGUGUACUUUUGGGUCCCAUCCAGCAGAGAAAUUUAUCUGAUAUUGGAAGUGAUUUAGCUGUAUGAAAUCAGAAGUUCCUCAGCUGCUCCUUGAUUGUUAAGUAUUGAUUUAAGACUAAAAAGCUCGGAGAAAAUCCAAAGAAACGCCAGUUUUGAAGUAAUUUUUGCUAAAUACAAGUAUGAUUGCUAUUGCUUUUUAAGCAUAUGCUUCCCAAAAGAUUUCCCCUUCAAUAAAAAAAUCAAUUUGAAUUUUGCUCAACGUUUGA